CUCCAGCGGCCAGGAGCAGGGCUACUAGCCGAGCUAUUGAGCGAGCUCGCCCAGACACCGGCCGACCGACCUUGCAGCGGUCGCUAGCCGAGCCAUGAGCCGACCUUGCAGCGGACAUUAGCCCAGCCACUGGCCGACCUUGCAGCGCUCCCUAGCCCAGCCACAGCCGAGCUUGCAGAGGCUACCAGCCCAGCCACUGGCCUACCUCGCAGAGCUCACUAGCCCAGCCACUAGCUGAGCUUGCAGAGGCCACUAGCCGAGCUACUAAUCGAGCUUGCAGCGGCUCCUAGCCCAGCCACUGGCCUACCUGGCAGAGCUCAGUAGCCGAGCCUACAGGGUUCACUAGCCCAGCCGCUAGCCGACCUUGCAGCGGACACAAGCCGAGCUAUUAACCGAGCUUGCAGCGGCUACUAGCCCAGCCACUAACCGAGCUUGCAGCGGCUAUUAGCCCAUCCACUGGCCGACCUUGCAGAGGCCACUAGCCGAGCUCGCAGCGGCUCCUAGCCCAUCCACUGGCCGGCCUUGCAGCGGUCACUAGCCCCGCCACUCGCCACCCUCGCUAGCGGAGCCUGCAACGGCGAGUGCUGAGGGUUGGCACCGGAGCCCCGCGAGCCGUCAUGUCGGGACUGUCGGGGGUGUCGUCCAAGAGCCUGGGAAAGGGCAGCGCCCCGCCAGGCCCGGUCCCCGAGGGCCUGAUCCGAGUGUACAGCAUGAGGUUUUGCCCCUACGCCAAGCGGACCCUGCUGGUCCUCAACGCCAAAGGAAUCAAACACGAAGUUGUCAACAUCAACUUGAAGAAUAAGCCUGAAUGGUUCUUUCAGAAGCACCCCCUUGGCCAGGUGCCAGUUCUGGAGACCAGCAAGGGUCAGCUGAUCUAUGAAUCUUCCAUCACCUGCGAGUACCUGGAUGAAGCCUACCCUGAGAAGAAACUGUUCCCAGAUGACCCUUAUGAAAAGGCGUACCAAAAGAUGAUCUUUAACCAGUUCUCUAAGGUACCACCUUUGGCUUUGAAAUGUAUGACCGGAGCCCGGAAUGGGGAAGAUUGCUCUGACCUGAAGGCAGAACUGCGUAAGGAAUUCAGCAUGUUGGAGGAGAUUCUUUCCCGCCGCAAGACACAAUAUUUUAGCGGAGACUCAAUAACCAUGAUUGAUUACCUGCUGUGGACGUGGUUUGAGCGGCUGGAACUCUUCAAGAUCGCCGACUGUGUGGAUCACACCCCGAAUCUCAAGCUCUGGAUCGCAGCCAUGACAGAGAAUCCAUUUGUCAAGGCUAUUUUCACUGACCUGAAAACUUCCCAAGGCUUCAUGGAGCUGUAUCUCAAUAACAGCCCUGAGGCCUGUGACUAUGGGCUGUGAUGGCAGUGGUGGCCAUCCAGGAGAACCCUCCACGUCCCAGCUGAUCUUUCCUAGUACGUCAGACAGCGGCAGGAUUGAAACACUGUCGGUGCUCUCCUCCAGCCUUUUCUGUGAAAUUUGUCUUAAUAAACUUGUAAAGAUCUUCUCAAA